AUGGCUCUUUGUUUGGCUAUUUCAUUAGUAGCUCGUCGUGGUUUUGUACCUUAUGAUCAAUUAGUUCGUUAUAAAUGGUGGUUUGAGUCUGGAUAUAUGUCAUCCACUGGAUGUUGUUUUGACAUUGGUGCAGCUACUUCCCAGUCACUACAAGAAUUUAUUUAUCGUCAAACAAUAUUUGCCAAAAAACAUCAUAUUCCUAUUGAAAAACUAGAUUAUCUUUCAGAUCAUAGUCUUCUUCGAAAGUUUAAAGUACACUGCAGUACGUCUGUUGUCGCUGGUAAUGGUGCACUCAUGCGUCUUGCACCUGUACCACUUUUUUUCCAUAAUUAUCCAAAAGAUGCUAUAGAAUUCUCUGGCUACAGUGGACAGAUUACUCAUGGUGAUACAAAANAAUUUUCUGAAGGAAUAAUAUUUAUUGAAUAUACGUCUAUGAAAUCACGACAAGUUGGUCAAUGUUUAGUAUGUAAUGAUGCUGCUGUUGGUAUUAACUUUGGUGUACUAACAUGUAUGCCAUGUAAAGCAUUUUUUCGACGAAAUGCUGUUAAACUUGGCACAAUUGAUUUUAUUUGUCAAGAAGACGGUGAUUGUCCAGUAGCAUAUGAAUCUCGUCGUAUAUGCAAUUGUUGUCGAUUAGCAAAAUGUUUUCGCGUUGGAAUGCAAAAAUCAUUAAUUCUAUCUGAAGCUCAGAGAUUAGCGCGAAAAGAACUUGUUCAACAAAAUCGACAAAAACGUGCGCAAUUAAUGAUACAAAAUUUAAGUUUAGUACGUACAACAUAUCUAUAUAUAAAAACAUAUAGAAAAAAUAUAUAA